CCUUUCAGUUCAAAGUUGACGCGGUCAAAGCGUCUUUGACUUUCAGAUGUCUGGUCAGAGUGAUCUUGAUCGUCAAAUCGAACAAUUAAGGGCAUGUAAACUUAUUACGGAAGACGAAGUAAAAGCGCUGUGUGCAAAAGCAAGAGAGAUCCUUAUUGAAGAAAGCAAUGUGCAAUGUGUAGAUUCUCCAGUAACAGUAUGCGGUGAUAUUCAUGGACAGUUCUACGAUUUAAUCGAAUUGUUCAAGGUUGGUGGAGAUGUACCGGACACUAACUAUCUCUUCCUCGGUGAUUUUGUUGACCGUGGAUAUCACAGUGUCGAAACAUUCCUUCUUCUCCUUGCGCUGAAGGUCAGGUAUCCAGACAGGAUCACACUCAUACGAGGUAACCAUGAAAGUCGGCAGAUAACAAUGGUUUACGGAUUUUACGAAGAAUGCCUGAGAAAGUACGGCUCAGCGAUGGUCUGGCGACAAUGCACUGAAAUAUUUGAUUAUCUAUGCCUUUCUGCCAUUAUCGACGGAAGGAUAUUUUGUGUUCAUGGAGGCCUAUCACCUACAAUUACAACAUUGGAUCAAAUCCGUACAAUUGAUCGUAAACAGGAAGUCCCACAUGAUGGUCCAAUGUGUGAUCUUUUGUGGUCAGAUCCAGAAGAGACUGCUGGUUGGGGAGUGAGCCCUAGAGGUGCCGGCUAUUUAUUUGGUUCUGACGUUGUAGCUAAUUUUAACCAAUUGAAUCGGAUCGAUUUCAUUUGUCGUGCACAUCAAUUAGUUAUGGAAGGUUAUCGUUGGCAUUUUCAUGAAAGUGUCCUUACUGUAUGGUCUGCUCCAAAUUAUUGUUAUCGUUGUGGUAAUGUUGCCGCUAUUUUACGUUUAAAUGAACGACUAGACAAGGAAUUUUCCAUAUUUGAAGCCGCACCACAGGAUGUCCGGAGUAUACCAGCUCGUCGACCAAUACCAGACUAUUUCCUUUGAAGUAUAUGAAACAAAGACAUCUUGUUCUCAAUGAUGAUGAUAAUUACUGUUAUUAUUUCCCUUGUUUAUAAGCCCUUUUCACCCCCUUUUGUCAAUUUUUGUAAUUUUACUUCUAUUUAUCAGUGUGUUUUAUAAAAUGUUUUUCUUCCCCCCUCCUCAAUACUCAACUAUUCCAAGAUUCAUUCAUGCAUUGUUUACAACAUUUUUUGUUUUGUUUUUUUGAUACCCACAGUCAAACAAAUUGCAUUCUACUAAGUUUUUUUAUUAUUAUUAUUAAGUAUGAAGGGAGUUUCUAUUUGUGUAUAACAAUAUCCAUUUGGAAAAAGAGAAAGUUUUCUUUAAAGAAAAUAACGUAUAUAUAUAUAUAUAUACUAUUAUUGUUCAUUAAAUGUAAAUUAUACUGAAUAUGCAAAGUAUAAAUAAAAAAAGAAAAGAAAUUAAUGUCUCAGGGAAUCAUC